GUUUAGUAUAAAAGCUACUGCCGGGUUCUGAGUUGAAGCAUAGCAAACUCAAGUGUUCAAACAAUCAAACCUCAACCAACAAACCAAAAACCUCAUCUACCACAAUGAAGUUCAUCGUUGCCGCCGUUGUUCUUGCCCUGGCCGUCGCCUCAGAAGCUAGCUGGCCUGGUGCAGCCGGAUAUCCAUGGGGAGGACCAUGGGGUGCCACCGUUGUUCAGGCUAAUGCUGGAGCAUGGCCAGCCGCCCACUGGGCCGGAGCUUGGCCACAUGCUGGAGCCUAUGGUGCCUGGCCAGCCGCGCAUUGGGGUGCCGGAGCUUGGCCAGCUGCUGCUCACUGGGGUGCCCCAGCUGCCUCGGUUGCUCACCAUGGCGGAGUUGUUCCCGGAGCUACCUCGGUCACCGCCACCCGUGGUGCCGUCCAUGUUGCCCCUCUGGCAGGACAUGCCGUCUCCCAGCAGCAGUUGAACCUUGCCCCAGCUCCAGGAACCCUGUAAAUUUGUUGAUGCCAAAAUGAUGAAUCUCAGCAGCAGAUCGAUGCUCAACCUCAAGAUGAUGAACAACUGCCAUGAUUGAUUUAAACGAAGAUUGUCAAACCGAAGUUCUGUGUUGUAUGUAUGAGUUUUUAUUGUGUAAAUAAGUAGAGGAAUUAUUUACUCCUCUCUAAAUA